AUGUUCAAUGGAGUGGGUGUGCCUACUGCCCGCGGCACUGGAACUAGUGGAUAUGUGCAAGGUAACAAGGCCCUGCUGAAAGGACACCCGGGCAAUAGAAAGAGGCAACGAGACCAUAAACGCAUCAAAGAGCCCGAAAAGGAUGUGGUUCUCAUAGAGCAUGAGAAAGCCAGAAUUAUCGAAGUUGCAGUUCUUGAAUAUGAGGACGACCUGAGAGAAUCCCACCCAGAAAUGACCGAACAGGAAAUAGAACAAAAAGUUAGGCAAAAAAGAAACAGCCUAGAGUCUGAUUUGCUUCCACAACCACAUUCCGAUGAUAUAAUAGGCCACCAGAUUCUCGCCAGCGAGAUGACUAUCAAGAAAGGAGACAUGAUGACAGAAGCCACCACCAUGAUGACAGAGGUCAUAACGAAAGUUACUAUGAGGAUGCGAAACGUGGACGAUAUGAUUAUGAACCGGAACCCACCCGAAGAAGUGACCUUGAAGAAAGGAGUCACAGCGAGCACGACUUUCCGCCAGAAGAUAGAUACUAUGAUUUGUUACCAAUAA